UUUAAAAAAAAAAAAAAAAAUUUUGAUAAAAAAAAUUAUUUUUUCCAUACAAAAACAUAUUUCUCGAUAAUUUUUCUUCAAUAAAAACACUCCUCGACAAAUUUUCUUCGAUAAAAUUUCCUCAAUAAAACUUUUUUUCAAUAAUUUUUUUCCCCAAUAAAUUUUUUUAAACAUGCAAAUUUUUGUUAAAACACUUACUGGUAAAACCAUUACUUUAGAAGUUGAAAGUAGCGAUACCAUCGAUAAAGUCAAAGAAAAAAUUCAAGAUAAAGAAGGAAUCCCCCCGGAUCAACAACGUUUAAUAUUUGCUGGUAAACAGUUAGAAGAUGGACGUUCACUUUCCGAUUACAAUAUUCAAAAAGAAUCAACAUUACACUUGGUACUUCGUUUACGCGGUGGCGGUAAAGCUAAGAAGGCUUGCAAAUUUGAUAAAUGUAAUUUAAAACAGUCAACAAUAGGCUAUUGUAAAUAUUGUGACCAUCAUUAUUGUAAUGGUCAUAGAUUACCUGAAGCUCAUACUUGUAAAAAUUUAACUAGCUGUAGGCAAGCUAGUUUUGAAAAGAACGCUGCAAAAUUACGAAGCGAACAAUGUGUUGCAAGUAAAUUAGUUAUGUCAUAAUAAUUGGAAGUUUUCUAGUUUUCUAGUUAUUUCCUAAUAUUUUUUUUUUUCUUUUGUAUAAUAAUUAAUAAUGUAUAGAGUCAGUAUAUAUUUUUUCUUUUUAUAAUAAUUUAUUUUUCCUACCCACUUUUUUUUUUUUAUUAUUAUUUUUGCAUGUUAUUAAUUAGAAAAAUAGAGAAAAUAAAAGAACAUUUUUUCCUUUCAUUAGUAAAUAAUCAUUAGUAAUAUUGUCUUUGAUGUAUUUGUCCCGAAUAGUUUAACAAAAGUUUAAAUAAAUUCUAAAAUUGAAUGUUACCGAAAUUU